AGAGGAGGGGAGAGAGAGAGAGGACAUACAGUCAGGCUCCAGCCAGAACAGCGUCUCAGUGACUAACCACUGACUCCCUGUUAUGCAGCAGAGCUGAUGAUUCAACACACUAGAGGCACCAUGGCAGCUGGAUUGAGGCUGAUGAUCUUGCUAGUGUUGCUGCUGUGUUGUUGGCAACUGACUGCAGGCAAAGAAGGAAAAUCCAAGGGAAAGAAAGGCAAGCAAGUUGUGUGUCCAUCCCAGUUGUCCCCAGAAGACUUGGCCCAGGUUCCGCCCAACUCCACCUCUAACAUUUUGAAUCGUCUGAUGGUCAGCUAUGACCCAAGAAUAAGGCCUAACUUUCAAGGUAUCCCAGUUGAGUCCAGAGUGAACAUCUUCAUCAACAGCUUUGGAUCCAUUCAGGAGACCACUAUGGACUAUAGAGUGAACAUAUUUCUUCGUCAGAGAUGGAAUGACCCUCGCCUACGACUUCCCACUGACUUCAAGAGUGACGCACUAACUAUUGACCCCAACAUGUUCCAGUGUUUGUGGAAACCAGACCUUUUCUUUGCCAAUGAGAAAAACGCUAACUUCCAUGAUGUCACACAGGACAACAUUCUGCUCUUCAUCUUCAGGAACGGAGAUGUCUUGAUUAGUAUGAGGCUGUCAGUGACGUUGUCUUGUCCCUUGGAUCUUACACUCUUCCCAAUGGACACACAGAAGUGUAAGAUGCAGCUGGAGAGCUUUGGCUAUACCACCAGUGAUCUUGUGUUCAUGUGGCAGUCUGACCCUGUUCAGAUGGAUGAGAUUGCUCUCCCUCAGUUUGACAUCAAACAAGAGGACAUAGUAUAUGGAAACUGCACAAAGUACUACCAAGGAACAGGAUACUACACCUGCGUUGAAGUGAUUUUUACAUUGCGUCGGCAGGUUGGUUUCUACUUGAUGGGAGUUUAUGCUCCAACUCUAUUGAUUGUUGUUCUGUCCUGGUUAUCAUUCUGGAUCAACCCUGAUGCCUCAGCUGCAAGGGUACCAUUGGGUAUUUUAUCAGUGCUUUCUCUGUCCAGUGAGAGUAUGUUAUUGGCCUCAGAGCUACCGAAGGUUUCAUAUGUAAAAGCCAUCGAUAUCUGGCUCAUUGCCUGUCUACUUUUUGGGUUUUCAUCGCUUGUGGAAUAUGCUGUGGUACAGGUGAUACUCAACAGUCCCAAACUGAUUGAGGAAGAGAAAGCCAAAAUGGCAACGAAAGAGAAAGCUUUGCAAGAGAAAGAGGGAAAAAAGACUUCAAAUAAAACUAACAACACAGUGAAUGGGACUGGUGGAACGCCCAUACAUGUCAACACUCUGCAGCAGGUGGUAGAAACUCGCUGUAAGAAAGUUUGUACCUCCAAGUCGGACCUUCGCUCCAAUGACUUCAGCAUCGUGGGAUCUUUACCUCGAGACUUUGAACUUUCCAACUUUGACUGUUAUGGAAAACCAGUUGAAGUGUCUGGGGCCCUCAAAUCCCAGAACAAAGCCAACAAGAAACCCCCACCACCCAAACCCGUCAUACCUGCUGCUGCCAAACGCAUUGACCUCUAUGCAAGAGCCCUCUUCCCCUUCUCCUUCCUUUUCUUCAAUGUGGUUUACUGGUCUGUCUAUCUGUGAGGGGGAGAAGAGGAGAACAGAAUGAAAAGAAAGUGGUUUGUAUCUUGUAGUUGAGACUACAGGAUACCACAUUGACACUGCAUUGAACUUACAAAUGACAUAGCAAAUUCAUAUGCUGAACUAUAUACUGUUAAAAGCAAGAAUCGCAACAUUUCAGAGCCAUGUUUGCAGAGCUGCAGAGACCUCUGUGGUCCCUGAGAGUUACUGCAAAUCACCAGAACUACAAAACCUCGAGGCUGCUGGUUUGAGUCCCCUUUAAAUCCAGGCAUUAAGUAGGCACUGCAUGUGUGUCUCAGUCUGAUACAGGACAUUGUGUUUCAUGUAAACUAAACCCUGCUGUGGUGACAUCAAUACACCUACGCUGUGCAUUAGUAAUACAUGCUUUUCACUGAGGGUAGGAUUACUGGUUACACUUUAUUCAAAGUUAUAGAACUCCAAAUUGGCAAAUAAUAACUAAAUAUGGCAUU